UAUAAAACCUCUUAAACCCUAGCCAUUUUCCGCUUCUUCCUUACUUCAGCCGAUUGCAGGGUUUACACUCGAGAGUAGUAGCUCUGCAUUUGGGAUUUCCAUGGCGCUUUAUCUUUUGUACGAGCACGCCGCCGGUUAUGCCCUGCUUCACCAUCAGGGUCUUGACGAGAUCGGACAGAGUAUUGAGGCGGUUCGGAACUCGGUUUCAGACUUGAACCGUUUUGGAAAGGUGGUUGAGCUUACAGCUUUUCAGCCAUUCGAAUCGACCGUCGAUGCCCUUAACCAGUCUAACUCUAUAUCUGAAGGGCUUAUGACUGAUGAGUUAAGAAGCUUUUUGGAACUUAAUCUUCCAAAGGUCAAGGAAGGUAAAAAGCCCAAGUUCAGCUUAGGAUUAUCUGAACCAAAGCUUGGUUCAAACAUCUUUGAGUCUACUAAAAUUCCUUGCCAAAGUAAUGAAUUUGUUCUUGAGCUGAUCCGAGGUGUGCGGUUACAUUUUGAUAGGUUUAUCAAGGACCUAAAGCCUGGGGACCUAGACAAGGCCCAGCUUGGUCUAGCACACAGUUACAGCAGGGCAAAAGUGAAGUUCAAUGUUAACAGAGUCGACAAUAUGGUCAUUCAAGCAAUCUUCCUCUUGGAUACUCUCGAUAAAGAUAUCAAUUCCUUCUCCAUGAGGGUCAGAGAAUGGUAUUCCUGGCAUUUUCCGGAAUUGGUGAAGAUUGUCAAUGACAACUAUCUUUAUGCCCGAGUCACCAAGUUUAUUGAGGAUAAAUCAAAGCUGUGCGAAGACCAAGUCCCAGCAUUAACUGAUAUAGUUGGAGAUGAAGACAAGGCAAAUGAGAUUGUUAAAGCUGCUAAGGCAUCCAUGGGGCAAGAUUUGUCUCCAAUUGACUUGAUUAAUGUCCACCAAUUUGCACAGAGGGUGAUGGACCUCUCUGACUAUAGAAGAAACUUGUAUGAUUAUCUAGUUACUAAAAUGAACGACAUUGCACCCAAUCUGGCCUCCUUAAUUGGGGAAGUUGUCGGAGCUCGUUUGAUUUCCCAUGCUGGUAGCCUUACAAAUUUGGCCAAGUGCCCUUCUUCCACCCUUCAAAUUCUUGGUGCAGAGAAGGCUCUCUUCAGGGCAUUGAAAACCAAAGGAAACACACCCAAGUAUGGACUUAUAUUCCAUUCAUCUUUCAUUGGCCGAGCUUCUGCACGAAACAAGGGCCGAAUGGCUCGUUAUCUCGCAAACAAGUGUUCUAUUGCCUCCCGUAUUGACUGUUUUGCUGAUACUAGUACAACUACUUUUGGAGAGAAAUUGCGCGAACAAGUUGAGGAGCGUCUAGACUUUUAUGACAAGGGGGUUGCACCAAGGAAAAACAUUGAUGUGAUGAAAGCUGCUAUUGAAAGUGAUCAAAACAAAGAUGCAGCGAUGGAUACAGAUGAAGUGCCUACUGCAAAGAAAAGCAAGAAGAAGAAAUCCAAAUCUGAGGACAGUGAGGCCAUGGCCGUUGACGAACCAGCUACAAAUGGGGCUGCUGAUGAUUCUAAAUCUGAAAAGAAGAAAAAGAAGAAGGACAAGAGAAAGGUUGACGAUGAGGAGGAGGAGCAAGUGAACGUAGGAGAUCUUGAAGAUGGAACAGCCAAAAAGAAGAAGAAGAAGAGUAAAAGUGUAGAUGGAGAAGAUUUGGUGGCUGCUAGUGACGCUAAGAAGAAGAAAAAGAAGAAGUCAAAGGGUGGAGAUGAGUAAUUUUUUCUAUGCAAUUAAUGUUCAGAUAUGUAUUUCAAUCUGGGCUGGCUGCUACUUUCUAGUGAUCUUAGAUGGACUUUUUAGUAACUUAGAAGCUGCAUUUUCCAGUAAGUAUUAUUAGUAUAUUUUUUUUGUUUUGGCUUCCGAAAUCGGGCAAGAUUACAAAAGGAACAACUAUUAUUUUGCCCAAUCACUUUUGUUUUGUUUAUGAUAUGAUGAAAAUCAUUGUUUAUUAUAUCAAUUUUUGCUUAGAGGAUAUGACAUAUGACACAGUUACGUGA